CAUAGCGGAGACAGUGCAGAUGGUGAUUGGGGAAGAAAAUGCCAUCAUUGAUGGAGUACAGGGAGGGAUUGACUCUUCCUUGCUUCAAUUGCUGACCAAUGAUGGGAACAUUUGUAAUGUUCAGAUUGUUCAGAGUGAACCUGUGUUCAGCACGACAUCGCCUCCUAUCAUACCCCUCUCACCAAGAUUGUCAUUGCCAGCUCCUCUACAUGUUCCUUCAGCCUCUUCCUCUGUGCCAACAGGAAAUACAUGUACAAGAUGCGCCAAAGCCCAGACAGACAACCGCAACAGACAAAGUGAAAUAGAGGAAAUGACAAUUCGGAAACUUCAUCUCGAAAUUGAAUAUUAUGAGAUGAAAUUGAAAAAAUUGAAGGAGGAAUAGGUGAUGACGAUCUGUAUUAAAUACAUAAAUCUCAUUAUAUGCAUUAAAUGCAUAAUAUGUAUAUAAUUCACAUAAUUGCAGAUCUUGUUUAAAACUGCAUUUGAUAUUUUUGUUCAUAUUUUUGUUUCAUAGUUUGGGGCUCUGCCAAUGGGCAAAUGUCCUAUAGUAAUGACUGUUUGCCUGUGAAUCCUGGUGACUUUGAAAUAUUCUGUAAAUAUUCACUGUUUUUUAUACUGUAUUUUAGUACAUGUUCAAAUUAAGAAGUUGUUUUUGGUUUUAAGAAAAAAAAAGUACUUAAACACAAAUAUAUUAUUGUUAUAUUUUAAUAAGAUAUCAAUGAAUGAAAAUUUCCGUGCAACAAUUAUGUCUCAAAAGUGAGUCACAGCAAACAGUUGUCUGUACAACGUCCCAUUGUUGUUGCCACAGACUGC